GGUUUGAAAACAACAUGCAAAAUGGCCAAUAUUCUGUCUUUUCACAUGUAACUUGUUGUUUAAUACCUUGCAACUAUCACCAUAACUCCCCUGGUUAUUUCAAGCAGAGGCUUAAAUGGGCUAAAUAUAAACCUGACUUUCUGCAGCUGUGCAGCAAUUACUGCACUUCCUCUUUCAGCACAAAUAGAGAAUGAGAUACCUCGGGUCAAAAAAACAGGCAUGCUGCUUUCAUCCUGCGCACACAAGACAGCAACAAGUUUACCACAGAACCCAGCAGCUUUCAUCUGCUGCACAACGUAUGGACUGAAGCUGGAGUUACAGGCACAUUUGGAGGCGACUGUUCCAGAGAAACUUAAUCCUUUAACUGCAAACUAAGAGAUAACCUCAACAUGGCGCAUGGCAAAGAGAUGCACCUCUUGUUUCAUUUGGCGUUGCUCUCGCUGGUUCUGACAUCAGCUCUGAAAACUCUAGACUCAGUCCAACAGCUGCAGGACAGCGGCUUCGGUCAACCGCCGCCUCGCCACGGCCUCAAGUUGCUGGUGUGGUACGUUCAGGACUGCCUGGACAACAACAUGCUGGCUCUGUGUGACCCCACUAAAGAAGAGUUUGGAUUUCACAAGUUUCUGAACUUCGCGCAUCUGCUUCCAGUGAUAAAGGACAGAAAGCAAUACACGUACUUCACCAUUGGAAACCUCCACUAUCGUCAUGCUGAGGACCUGCCGUACGAAGUCAGGAAGUAUUACAACCGUAGUGACCCUGACAGCAACAAGGACAGAGUUUUGGUGAGAUACAACAACAACAAUGAACACAUUGACCAAAUCUACGCAUCUGCACAUUAUGAGGAAAAGGAGACGUACAUAAUUGGGCCCAAUCUUCUUGCCUCUCUCCGACAGCCAGCAGCCCACAUUAGCAUAGAAAUGUGAUGUACUCCUGAUGUAAAAUCUCUCUGUGACAACUUUAAUAGCUCUGUGAUUCUUCCGAAAAGAUGUGAUGAAACUACAAAUGUGUUUUAAACAAGCUUGACUGACAAAUUUGGCUGCUGCUUUUCUUUGUAGUCAAAAAAAAAGUGCCAGACGUCUUUGAUGAGCUAAUUUAACUCUUGAGUCUGAAUUAGAAAAGUAAUCGUGCACAGCCUGCCUGCUUGUAGAGUAUACAGUAAGGAAUGCUUUGUUUCUUUGACCAAGAAAAUAAAAAUAUUUUUUAAUGAUUGACA